AUUGCUGAUCGCUAGUUGUUUGUUGCUGCUUAUUUAGUGUAUACAGUAUCAUUGGAAAGUUCGUUUGCAUUUUGAAAGCGGCUGCUAACAAUGAAGCUGCGUUUACAAUCCGAGCUAUCAGCGGUUUGCUUUUUGCUACUUCUGGCUGCUAACGAUGUCUGGGGUAAACUGUUUCCCAUUAACCCUUUCCCGCUAACUGCUGGGUUCGAAAUGUUCCCAAACGAGCGACUUUCAUUGGAUGACUGUCACUUAAGGUAUCACAAAUAUGGUCGAAUUGGUUUGGUGGCCCCGGCCUUCGGAGAACCUGCUUAUCUCAAGGAGUUUGCGCACAUGGCUGCGAUCGGUUGGACCGAAGGAGGAAGAAUCAACUGGAAGUGUGGAGGGUCAUUAAUCUGGGACAACUGGAUUCUAACGGCUGCUCACUGCGCUAUCGAUGACGCUAACAAGGAACCUGAUGUGGCUAGACUUGGAGACAUUAACAUUUACAGCAAUGAAGAUGACAUGUAUGCACAACAAUUAGCAAUAGUAAAAGUAAUUCGUCAUCCCAUGCACCGUUUCUCGGCUUCCUAUUACGAUGUGGCGCUCCUAAAACUUGCCGCCAAAGUUAAACUUCAUCCAACGGUUGCGCCUGCGUGCUUGUGGCGGGAGUCCGAUGUACCAUUUCCGGUUAUGGAAGCCACCGGCUGGGGAGACACUGGAUUCGCCCAAGAUCCGACGCCAAUACUGCUCAAAGUUAGAUUGAGGCCGGUGACCAACGGAGAAUGCAGCAAAACCUAUGGUUCCGAGCGUAAACUCAGAAACGGAAUCGUAGAUCAUCAGCUCUGUGCCGGCGACGUGAAAAUGGAUACCUGCCCCGGUGAUUCCGGUGGACCACUGCAAAUGAAACUGCUACAUAAUGGUCGAAUCACACCGUUCAUCGUUGGAGUCACUUCCUUUGGGGCAGCUUGUGGCACAGGAUCCGCCGGGGUGUAUGCAAGAGUUUCAUCUUUUCACGAUUGGAUAUUGGACACCCUACGCAAGGAGGAAAAUGUCGAAAGCUGGCGCUUGGAACCGGUCGGCUGUGCGCUGCGAUAUGCAGUAUUGAGAGAUUUCGAGGACGAUGUUGUUGUUUCACGCUCCGAAAAUUUCAUUUCUCUCAACUCAGACCUAGCUCACAUGACUUUUGGAUACGAUGAUAUAGUGCAUAAGGUUGACAUCGGUUUUCGAAACGUUCCCGCUAGAGGUAAAGCUAACUGUAGUGGAAUUCUUAUUGCCGAUGAUGCAGUUCUAACACUCGCAGAGUGUACUACUUCUGCAGGAGUUCCUGCAUCCCACAUUACUGUCGACGGCAUGGAGGAAGCGGUUUCGGAAGCUAUCACCCAUCCCGAGUAUACAACUGGUUCGAUGUACAACAAUAUUGCGGUGCUGAAGCUUCGAAACCGAAUUAAAUUUUCCAGAAACGCCAAACCGGCCUGCAUAUGGCACUCGUUCGAUAUUCCUUCCCCUCAAUUACAGGUGGCCGGGGUAGGACGGAGAGAUAUCAACGAUUUCGCUCAAUACGGCGAAGUUGAUGGACUACCAUUGAAUUCAACAAUAGUAAAUCUUAUGCCCAGGGCUAAUGUUAACACCCGUCAAAACUGUUCAAUAGCUCCAGAGUUUCAACAAAAAUUGACGAGGGGCUUGGCAAGAGAACAUCUCUGCGUCGGUAACCAAUUGUUCCUGGUCCCAGAUUCCUGUGAGCUGAGCUACGGCGCCACGAUGCAAAUGCCAAUGUGGCGUGCCGGUCGUUACUUCUACUAUGCUUACGGCCUCAACUUGUUCGGGAAGAAUUGUGGUUUUGGUGAAGCGGCUGUAUCUACUCGACUGAUAGCGCACAUAGAUUGGCUGAAAUCGGUUCUGCUACCCAGCUUCCGUCACCGGGAUAGUGCCGUACAAUUUAUCAACGUGGAUCUGGAUGAAGGAGAUUCCUGUGAGUACGACAAUGACACAAGCGUCCGUGCGGUUUGCACUAACUACCAACAGUGUCCCAAGGUAUGGCAGGACUUCCAAGCCGGGAAGGUAAUCCAUUUCUGUUCUGAAAAGCGGCUCAUUUGUUGUCCGAGUAUGUAUGUUCAAACACCUCGAUCAAGGAGCGGCGAGCUGGACACGUGUGCGAUGAACUAUCGUUCUCUGCAUGGAACGUCGAAUACUGUCCAAGGUGACAAAGGACUACCGCAAAUCAUCACUCUUCGUGGACGAAACUCCGACGGUUGCUUAGCGUCUCUGAUAACCAACCAAGUAGCGCUGACAUCCGCCAGUUGCGUUUCAUCUAGGAGUGGAGGUCCGUCGGAAGCGCAACUAAACGAUGGAAGCAUGGUCCCGAUUGAAAAAAUCACUCCACAUCCAAGCUACAGCAAUGCCGAAAAAAAGCAUGAUAUUGCGUUGGUUAAAUUGGGUCGACAAAUAACUCCAACGGACAACGUUUUUCCGGCUUGUCUCUGGAUGAACCUAACUCACACUCCCCUUAACCUCAAGCUUAUCAAUGAAGCUGAUUCCUCGAAAACUACCCAUGAAGUGGUUCCGAUGUACAACACCGAUUGUCAACGAGACUAUCGCGCCAAAAUCGGACUUGAGCAGCUUUGCAUCGAUGAACUCGACAUCGGAUCGUACCAAACUUGUCACCGUCCUGGGGACCAGCUGGUCUGGAUGGGUCCCGACACUUUGCCAUUGAUGCCUGACACCAAGAUGACCCCGUUCCUAGUUGGAUUCUAUAGCUUCGGAGAAAAUUGUCAACAGGGUGUCCCAGCUGUGUUCACAAGAGUUGCAGUUUAUGUCGAUUGGAUUCGCGAGAAUCUUUAGAAUAUUCUAUUAUUUCUAUUCUAUGGAAUCUGAAGUAAUCUGAUAUGGGAUAUCAGGUAAGCUCGGAUUCUCCAAUAACGAUCAAAUAUAUUAGCUUAUUGAGUAAAUCCAUAAAUGUAAAAAAAAUCGAACUCUUACUGAAUCAAAGCAAUCGAAAGAUUCCCUUUAAUUCAACCACGCUAAAUGAAACGUUCAGAUACCGGUAUUUGGCAAUGUUAUUCAAACCGUAUGGAGCACAUCUCUCAGAUUUAAGCUUUUUUUUGACAGAUUUAAGCUUUUUUCCUCAGAUUUAAGCUUUCAUCUCCUAUGCUCUCAAGGCAAAAAUAGCUUAAAUCUGAAGAAAAAAGCUUGAAACGAGGUUCACGAGCAUUUAUUUACAAGAUUUUGGUCACACGACACAUAAACAAAUCGUGAAACGUUGUCGGGCUCUGUUUUAAGGCUUUUUUUCUCAUAUUUAAGCUUUAUUUACCUCGAGAGCAUAGGAGAUGAAAGCUUAAAUCUGAGAACAAAGCUUAAAUCUGAGAAAAAAAGCUUAAAUCUGAAGAAAGAAGCUUGCACCUGAGAGACGUGCUCCACACUGUUUGCAUAACGUU